AUGCACUGCACUUCAGGUGGAGGCGCUUUGUUUCUCUCCCCCUCUUUGCUUGGGCGUUGCAUUGCACAUUGCCGUGCACCGCCCGCUGAAUCAUUUGCUCCCUCUUCGUCUCUCUUGCGUGUGCUGCUGCUGCUGCUGGGUGGUGGUCUGUGUGGUGCUGUUCUCCCCGCUGUGUGUGUGUGCACCCCUGCGGGCCAACCCCCUUGGCUGCUGCAGCCCUUUUCUUUUCUUUCCAUUGCUGCUGCUGCCGCUCCUCCUCCUGUGCGCUGUGUCGUGUCGUGGAGGGCCGCACCGCCUCCCGCUACACCCCGCCGACUGCACGGAGUGACGCUAUCAGGCAGGAGUUAA